AUGGGCCGCUACGGACCUAUGAGUGGCUUCAAAAGCAAUGGAAAUAGGAGCCGAGGAGGUGGACGAUACAAUAAUGAUCAGACCGAUGAUUUUUUUGAGGACAGGAAGAAAGAGCGAGAUGCCAUUGAGUUUAGCAUUUGGGCAGACAUUCCCAGUCCUGUGCCGGUCAAGAAGAAGCCUACGAAGGCGAAACCCAUGCUGUCUCCAUUUAGGUCUAGAUCUAGGUCAGUUUUUGGAUCUAGAUCUAGUUCGUGUAAUGACUCGGAUGUUUCUGGCUCGGACACAGAAGAGGAGCGCCGUCGACAUCAAAAGAGCAAGCGGAAGGCCAAGUCCUCGCGUCGUUCUCAUAAGAAGAAAGGCGUAAAGAAGAGUAAAAAACACAAAAAGGAUCACAAAAGAAGCCGUAAAAGACGCAAACGCGCGCAUAGCGAGAGUAGCAGUGGCAGCAGUCACAGCGAUCAUGGCUCGGAUGUAUCAGUGGCUUCUGAUGGGAGAGUGCGCGUGGAUUACCGCGAUAGCACGAAUGACCUGAAUGAAAAUGAAAAGAAGCAAGCAAACAAGUUCAAGGAGGCGGUGCAAGGCUCUCGCCACGACAACGAUGAGGAAGAAGAGAUUGGACCAAAGCCGUUAGUGACAGCUGAAGAAACGGCGGCAUCGACGCUAAACUACGGCAAGGCGCUGCUGCCUGGUGAAGGUGCAGCGAUUGCUCAAUUUGUGCAAAAGAACAUGCGCAUUCCACGUCGUGGUGAAGUUGGCUGGAAUGGUGAGGAGAUUGAAAAUCUUGAGAAUCUUGGCUACGUGAUGAGUGGUAGUCGUCACAAACGCAUGAAUGCUGUCCGUAUUCGGAAAGAGAACCAAGUGUACACUGCCGAAGAGAAGCGAGCUCUAGCACUCAUUAAUUUUGAGGAGAAACAACAGCGUGAAAAUGCAAUUAUGAAUGAUUUCAAGGAGAUGCUGACGGAGCGGCUAACGAAGAAACAUGGAUCUCGACUUGUGGAAGACAUGGAGUCUUCAGCGAAGGACUAG